AUGGACAAGAGUACCGAGCCCACACCCAUGGACAUCGACGACCCCAGCCCCUCCCCGACCGCUGCAACCCGCCUCUGCCACAGCUGCCACGUCUCCGAGUUCGUCCUCCCCUGCCCUCUCUUCCACUGCACCAGGUGCAAGCAAACCCUCUACUGCUCCCGCACCUGCCAACACGCCGACUGGAAGUCCCACAAGAAGACCUGCGACAAGAACAGGGCUGCCGCUCGCAAUAACAACAAGAACACUCCCAGUCCCAAUCCUAAUCCCACCCACGACGACAACAACAACCCCAACCCCAACGCAGACCACAACGACUUCCCCUUCGCCACGCGCACCACCCUCCCCUCCAUCCUCCUCAAAACCUACCUCCUCCGCCUGCACGACGAACACAACCUCUCCAAACGCCUCCACCACAACAACCACCUCCAACCCCAACCCCAACCCCAACCCAAACCACCCACCGACACCCUCCUCUCCCCCCACGGCAACCCCCUCCACGACUACCGCCGCUUCCUCGACCGCGCCGAAGCCGCCGCCGCCGCGGGCGCGCUGGCGCUGCCGACGUGGUACUGGAGGCAUUGCCGGACGGAUCGAAAGAAUAAUGGCGGCGCUGGCGGUGAUAUGAGCGACAUGCGUCGUGCGUGCGAGCGGCUGGCCAAGUACGGAGGCGUGGUCGAAGGGGAAGAGGUGCUCAACUUGUUCGAGAGCGGGGAGGACGUGGCCGCGGGGCAGUUCGGGCUGGGUCGUGAUGGGGCGGCGAUGGAGGAGGCGUUGAGGGGGUUGGCGGUCAAGAUUUGUGGGAAUGUGGUUGUGUGA